AUGUAUACAUUAUUUAAACCGUGCGAGUUCUAUCAGAGAUGUCAGUGUAAAAGAGAUCAGGGAUCAUCUCUUUACCUUGCAGAUUGUUCAGAACUAAAUAUGACACAAAUAUUGAAGUUUCCGAAUACAAUUGUGAAACUUACACUGCGUAUUAAUAGAUUAGAGAUGAUUAACGAUGGUAUCUUCUUUGAUAACAAACUUUUGCGAUCGUUGGAUCUUUCUUUCAAUAGAAUAAACACACUUUCGCUAUCAUCUUUUAUUGGGUUAGAAAAGUUAAAAGAACUCGACCUCCAAUAUAACAACCUGAGUGAUAUUAGUUUUACACAUCAAUGGAGCGUCAAGUUGCAAAACUUAGUCUAUCUGAAUUUGAAAGGAAAUUCGUACGAUGAAUAUCAACCAGACAUAUUAUCUUUAGUGAAAUUGGAAAUUUUGAAAAUGGAUUUUGUGUUUAAAAAUACAACUAUUCUGAAUAGACAGUUUGGUGAUCUCAAAAGGCUAAAGCGUCUGGAUUUUUCUGGAUUAACAGGACAUUGUUCAGCGCCAUUUUUAACACCAAAUACAUUCAAAAAUGUACCACACGUUCGAAAUAUCAGUUUAGCUAAGUGCAAAUUAAGAUCCUUGCAGAAAGGAACUUUUAAUAUGAUGAAAAAUAUUACCUUCCUUGAUUUAUCUAAAAAUACAUGCCUAAAAUUUCAGGUGUUAGAAAACGUAUCAGCCGACCUACAGUUUUCCGCAAUAAAAUUUUUAAAAGUCAACAAAAUCCACAAAGUGUUCGACAUGAAUACAUAUUUGCAGACCACCCAUAUAAUGCAUCUGCAUAACACAUCAAUCCAAGAGCUUCAUAUGGACAGUAACCGUCUUCAGCACGUAGAACGUGGUGCUAAGAAAGUUUCUACCCAGGACGUUGAUCUAUUUAUCAGUAAAAGACAACAUGUUUUCCCUAGGACAUUACAUGAUCAAUUUGGUAGGACGCUCAUACCAAUACCAUACAAUCUUAAGACAUUAAUUUUAAGGUCAAGUGGAUCAAAACAUAACAUAACGGAAAUAGACUUGUCAAAUAGUAAGUUAGAAAGUGUUGACCUGAGCAACAAUAUUUUGACACGUUGGAUUGGCCCCUUAAGAAAUUUAAAGAAUUUGAGAUACCUAGAUCUAUCUUCAAAUUUGUACUCGAACGUUUCGACAUUUUUCUUCAGUCCAGACUUCUACAUGUUGAAAGAGUUGAUAUUAAGUAAUAAUCUACUAGGACUGGCUUUACCAUCUGAUAGUCAUGGAAACACAUUCCAACACUUGCUAAGUUUAAUGACACUUGAUUUAUCUCAAAACAGAAUAUCAAAAAUACCUAAACUGAUUUUUAAGUCUCAAAGAAAAAUGGAAUUUCUGGACCUUAGUGACAAUUUUAUCGAAAAUAUUGACUUUCAAUUAUCACAUUUGAUAAAGCUGUCAUACUUAGAUUUAAGAAAUAACUUUAUAACAUUUCUCGAUACCCAUACUAUUGUCGAGAUUAAUUUUCUAGUUGACAAGGAGAACAACCUGUCUAUUAAUAUGUUUGAGAACAAACUGGUAUGCACAUGCAAUUCCAAAAGUUUUAUAGAUUGGAUGGGAAGUGCAAGUGUGCAUAUUAUUGAUAAAAAUCAUUACUUCUGUCAAUUAUCAACAGGAAAACGUGUUCUCAUGGAAAAUAUUCCCGAAAUCUACAAAAAAUUGGAAAAAGAUUGUACAUCUUAUGAAAAGCUUACUUAUGGACUAGUUGUAACAAUUCUACUUUUUAUGAUUGUUUUGGUCAUGGGUGUUUGUUACCGAUUUCGAUGGAAGCUUAGGUAUUUGUAUUAUAUGGUCAAAAUAAGAUCUCGGAGCAAGAUAUCACAAAUUGAUAAAGAUAAAAAUGAGUAUAUGUAUGACGCCUUCGUGUCUUAUGCAGACGAGGAUCAAUUAUUUGUUCACACACAGUUACUUCAGACAGUUGAAAAAGAAAAUAAUAUUCGCUUAUGCUUACAUAAGAGAAACUUUUUACCCGGAAAUGAUAUCGCGACUAACAUUACUUCCGCUAUUCACAAUAGUCGAAAAACUGUUGUCAUUAUGACUUACCAUGAUUACUUAAAAUCAUACUGGUGUAUGUUUGAGUUUAAUAUGGCGCGAAUGGAGAGUAUCUACGAACGCAAUAACGAAAAUGUACUUUUCCUUGUGGUCUUUGAACAAAUAUCUGCUUGUGAUUUUCCUUUGCAAGUCUUGGAGGUCGUUCAAUCCCAAUCGUACAUAGAAUUCCCAAACGACGAGCAAGGGGAUGUAGUAUUUUGGCGGCAACUUGUUGCGGCAUUAGAAUAA